AUGGAGCUGCGUCAUCGAGGUAAUAGGUCCGACAACAAUCAACAAAUGGAAACAUUUCAAAUCGAUCAAAAAUCCAGUGAUACUAAAGAUGAAGCCACCAGAAAUCAAAAAUGUCUCUCAGCUGUACCGACUCUCAUAGUAUCAGUAACUGUAUUGAUAAUUUUAAAUGUGUUUGUGUAUUAUAUGGACAACAAAUUACCACACCCUAUCCAAACAAAUUCAACCAAUAAUGAUUUUGUUGCUGAGCGUGCAAUGUCCACAUUAAUCAAACUAGCUAAUUUAGGUCCAAGACCUGUCGAUCCUAAACAAGGUAUAAAUGAUGCCAUUUUGUUAAAUUGUCAUUAUGAUACAGUUCCAGCAGGGCCUGGUGUAAGUGACAAUGGUGUGAACUGUGCUGUAAUGGUAGAACUUUUACGAAUUUUAUCGAAAACCCCACAUCUGAGGAGACCUAUAAUUUUUUUAUUUAACGGUGGCGAAGAAAUAAUGCUCCAAGCUUCCCACGGUUUCGUCACUCAACACCCGUGGUCUAAAAAUGCAAAAUACAUAAUAAAUCUCGACAGCUGUGGAGCAGGUGGCCGAGAAAUAUUGUUCCAAACCACAAAGUCGGAUUCGUAUUUAGUAGAUUUAUACGCUCGCACCGUUCCCCAUCCAUACGGGCAAGUGAUUGGUGAAGAACUAUUUCAAUCGGGCGUGAUACCGUCGGACACAGAUUUUAGGAUAUUCAGAGAUUUCGGGAACAUGUCUGGUCUCGAUCUGGCGCAUUACAAAAACGGAUAUGUUUAUCACACGAAACACGACGAUUUGGAUCAAAUCGGUCCGUCCGUGCUACAGAACACGGGCGAAAACUUGUUCGCGCUCGCCAAAGCAAUGUCAACGCACAACGCGACAAACAGCACCAAAUCCAAAUACGUGUUCUUCGACGUGUUCGGCGUGUACAUGGUUUCCUAUACGGAACUGUCGGGGGCGUUCGGCAACUUCAUUAUCGUGUUGUCGUCGUUCUUCUCGAUCUUCCUGUCGCUCAGAUUCACGACGGUCGGCAUGAACCGCCGCGAGUACAGCUUGCACCUGUUGACGGCCAUCGUGAGUCCCGGUUGCACGAUCGUGGCGGCCGUGCUGUCGUGUCUGCUGGUGGCGUUCGCGAUGGACCGGCUCGGGUGUUCGAUGAGCUGGUACGGCAACCGGACAAACCUGCUGGUGUACUUCGGCACCGCGACGUGGUCCAUACUGACCGUGGCGGCUUACUACCCGAAAACCCGGUCCAGGACCGAUACGGAAUGGACCGUGACGAUGCUCAACGGCGUGCAACUCUUCUGGACGGCGCUGCUGUUUGUCGCCACCAUGGCCGGUCUGCGGUCCAGCUACCUGUUCGCCGUCAUGGUGCUGUGUCCGGCGGCCGCCAGCUGCGCGUUAGGCAUAUUGAACGCCGGCCGGACGCCAGCCGUCUGGAUAGCGGUGUACGCGGCGUCGCUAGUCGUGCCCAUCGCGUUCGUCCUGUACCUGACGCAGAUGUUCGCGUCGCUGUUCGUGCCGAUCGCCGGACGCCUCGGCCCCAACGUCAACCCCGAUUACGUGGUCGGCGCGCUGAUGGCCAUGUCCGCGUACGCCACGGUCGGCCACCUGGCGCCGGCCAUAGCGCUGGUGAGCAGGCCGCGUCCCGCGCUGGCCGGUCUGGGCGCCGCGAUACUGGUGAUGGCCGUGACCAUCGUCGCCGUCCGGCCGGUCGGGUUCCCGUACUCGAGCGCCGUGGCCGAGCAGCGCUUCGACCUGAUACACACGCGACGCGCGUUCUACGACUUCGGCGGCGGCGUCCGGUACAACGAUUCGGGUUACCUGAUCGUCAACUGGGACCGGCAGGGCCCGCGGACGGUCGCGGAUUACGUGCCGGACGCGACUCGCACCGACUGUGCCAGCGAACUUAUGUGCGGCGUACCCGUGACCGGCUCGCUGGCGCCACACACCGGCUGGCUUCCGGGCGGUCCGCCGCCGGCGUUGCAACGGUCCGCGGCCACGACUCGAGCGGUCGUACUCGAAGGCGACGAGCGACGACGACGGAUCGCGUUCAACGUGACCGGCCCCGAGAGGGUGACCGUGUACGUCAGCCCGUAUCCGGGUACGCGGUUGAAGUCGUGGAGUUUCGCGGGAAAACCGGAAGCGGCCACCAGUUGGAUGGGCAACGACGUGUACGUGAUAAAGCACUCGUCGGGAGCGGGUCCCGCGGCGGGUGGCCCGCAGAGUGUUUGGAGCUUUUGGUUGGAACACGAAUGCGAUCGCGGUUUUGGCGAAACGUCCCUCAACGUCACCGUGGCGUACAGUUGGGUGAUACACAAGGACUUGGUGUUGGGCGACGAAUUCCGGUCGUUCGUCGACUCGUUUCCGCAAUGGGCGCACGUCAAUAUUGCGGUUGCCAGUGUAGAAGCUUUUGUCUACUAA